UGAUGAUAACAUGUAUUCCUCACGAUAUUUAUCCAAAGCACUCAGGUCCCCCACACAGUACAGUCUCACCAGAACUACUCUUCGAGCCGGACGAGGUUUCCGUACCACUGCCCCGGUAGCGACUCGCGUGUCCGAAUUGAUCAAGAACGAUCAUCGCGAACUAGAGGAUGCUUAUAAUCAAAUUUUGAGCGCUAAAACUAAUGAUGACAAGGAACGAUGGCAGAACCAAUUCACCUGGGAGCUCGCCCGGCAUUCCAUCGGGGAAGAGCUCGUGGUAUACCCGCGGAUGGAGAAAGUGCUCAACAAUGGCAAAACGAUGGCGGAUCAUGAUCGACAUGAACAUCAGAUAGUAAAGGAAGACCUCUACAAAUUCCAAGGACUUCAGCCCGAUGACCCCGAGUUCAUUCCCACCCUUAAAACUCUCUGGGCCAACUUAGCGCAGCACAUCAAGGAGGAAGAAACCCAAGAACUCCCGGCUCUCGAACAUGUUCUGAGUGAAUCCGACUCUGAUAGCAUGGCGCGCUCAUUCGGUCGCACUAAGAAGUUCGUUCCUACUCGUAGUCAUCCGGCAGCACCUGAUAAGCCCCCUUAUGAGACGGUUGCUGGGUUGAUGUCGGCACCGAUGGAUCGCUUAGGCGAUAUGCUGAGGAGGUUCCCCGAUGAAGCAAAAUCCUAAGGUUUCAGUUUUUUGGCCUUAAGCAUUGCGACUAUAGUGUAUCCAGUAUAUUUAUGAAGUCGUUCCAGUUUGCUUUAUUCGGAGUACAGGUAGCUGACAAUGGUCAAUUCAAGGAAUGUAUAAAUGACGUUAUUAACAGGUUGUUCGCAGGUUGGCAUUUAAGCAACCCUUUGUCGAAAAGGAUUCCAAUAAAACAG